UGUGGGUAUUUGGGUUGUCUCCACUUGAUUUUCUUGCAUACCCGCAUUCUUUUCCUUUCUACUCUUUUGUCUCCAGCUUCCAGUAUACCCGUCGUACGACUUUUGUGCUAGUAGUGAAGCAGGCGAUUCAGCAAUUUCGCUAGCCUCAUUUUGAUUUUGCAUCAUUUUGUUUUCUCUAGAAUAGAUCACUGUACUUUCCCUUUUCUGUUUCUCUUCCCGAGGCCGUCUCGUUGAUCACUUUCCGACUUCUUUCUUUCCGCCAAAUCAUCAAUCUACCCAACCACUUGGAAUAGAUAGUCCCCUUCAACAAAAUCGCCACUGUACCAUGGCAGGCCUCCUCCUCGCGGCGCUGGGCGUGUGCCUCGGCCGCAGCAUCGAAAAAGCAUGGUACACGCUCGAAGACCGGCGAGACCGGCGCAAAGACGAGAAGCUCGAGAAGCUGGAGAGCGACAAGUUGGGCAUGGCGAUGGGACCUGGGAACGGCAUGAUGCCAGGAGUAGGCAGCAGGAGGAGGGAUGUGGGGAUGAGCGAGAAGGAGAAGAGGGAAAAGAGGGACAGGACGGCGAGUGUCUUCAUGGACCCCCUAGCGCCCAACCUAUACGACCACUCAGCCCAACUCUCACCCACCUACGCCCGAGCCCGCCCACGCACCUCUCCCUCAUCAUCUUCUUCUCCUCCUCCCUCCCACCUCCGUCGCUCCCGCCUCAGCAACCUAAGACAACGACACAGCCUCCUCGUCCUGCCCUCCCGCUCCAGAAACAACAACAACAACCGCCACAGUUUUGCCGCGGGUGGUACUAGCAGCGGGAUGGAAGCCGGGAAAAGAAGAAGCAGAAGCAAGAGAACGACGUGGCACGGCUGGGCGGCUUUGCACGCGCAUGCACAUGCGCAUGGGGAAGGCGAUGUGUUUGGGGAUUACGUCGCUCUGAUUGAGGAGGAGGGCGAGGAGGGAGGGGAUGGGUAUGACCAUGAGCAAGAGGUAGAGCAGCACGACAGUAGUGAGAAAGUAGAGACGGAGAGAAGGCAGGAGGGGGCCAGGGAUCGAGUGGCACUGCGACGGAGGAGCGUGGCUGUUCCAGCGAGGCGAGAAUGGCGAAGCAGUUGCGAGACGUUGGUCGCUUGUGGCUGUCGUGUAGACCGUGGAGCGGGAGGGAGCAAGAUUGGGGCUGCUCAGAUAUGAUCUUGUCUAUGAGGAAGAGGGAAGUGGGAAGAAUAUAUAUACGGGACGAGGCUCAUCUUUUCCAACCCUUUAGCGAUAUUCACAUGUAGGGGAUGCCGGGUAUACGUUGUGAAGGGAACAGCUCACUGGAAGUCUCUGGCCCCCGACGCAAAAGUGCGAUGCUGGUAUUCAGCUAUCUUACCCAUUUUUUUCUCUUCACGUUGAAUAACAGCUUCUCCCGAACCUCGUAAACAUUAGAUCCCACCAACAGUCAACCAAUCCAAG